AUCUUAAUUUAAAUUAUUUUUAAGGGGUGGCCUAACUACUGAGUUAGCACUAUAACCUCACACUUCUGAAGUUGGGGAUUCAAUAAUGUGUGGAGUUUGUAAAUGCUCCUUCCGCAUGUGUGACGGACUGCCAACCAAUCCAGAGUGUACCCCCUACCCCAGUAUGCAGCCUUCUUCCAGCUCUGGAUAUGCAUUUAGAAGAUGGUUAUGUCAUAUCUUUGAACUGAAAUGCUAAUACCGCCUAUGCAGUGUAUGGCAUUGGACCACUAAUUAAAUGCUGAUAAUGUAAUUGUUACCCUACAAAUGUCGAAUUUCUUGGCUUAGUAGUUUGUGAUUUAGCUGCCUUAGCUAACAUACAUUGUUUUAUUGUAGUGAUAUCUGAUUCUAAAACGGCGUUUUAGUUGCUAUUUUUAUUUUUGCGGGUUGAAAUGACGUUCAAAAAAAGGAAACGUUCCUUGCAUGAUCGAAGCUCUCCCAUUGGCUUACAGUUUGGACAUUCUUUGCAUUUCUUUCUUAAUGCAUAUCAGUGUUUUCCCAGUCUUGCGAAACAGCCAAAGCGCUGUUGCUAUAUCCUCUGUGAGCUGCAGAAGCAAAAUAUCGACGUCAGCAGACACUUCUACGAAGAGCAAAGUCAUGGACAAUGUGACAAAGUUUAAAUUAGAGCUGGAUGGACUGUUCUUGGAAAAUGCCACAUAUGACUACAAUGAUUACAAAAUCGACGUGGAUAACUUCGAGCAGGUUCGGUCUGUGUUCAUCCCCACUCUGUACUCCUUGGUCCUGGUUGGAGGCCUGCUUGGGAAUGUUUUAGUUCUGGUGGUUCUGUGCUGGUCGCAUUGGCGCCGGAGCUAUAUGGAUAUCUUCGUCCUGCACCUGUCUGUGGCUGACCUUCUCCUGCUCAUCACGCUGCCUUUCUGGGCUGCUGAAGCUGCCCAGGGCUGGGUCAUUGGAACUCCUCUCUGCAAGCUGAUGGGAGCCAUUUUCAAGAUCAGCUUCUUCUGUGGCAUCAUCCUGCUCGCAUGCAUAAGUCUGGAUCGUUACCUGUCCAUCGUCCAUGGUGUGCAGAUGUAUUCAUGUCGAAAACCCUGGCAGGUGCAUGCCAGCUGUCUGUUCUUCUGGUUCUUUUGCCUCAUCCUAUCCAUUCCUGACUGGGUCUUCCUGGAGCAGCAGUACAGGGAACGAUUUAAAACGCUUAAAUGUGACUACAACUACAAGGGGUAUUCGACCAAUGGCAGCUCUUUGUGUUUGGCUUCCCACCUGCUGUACUUCACUCUCGGCUUCCUCAUCCCCACAGUGGUCAUGAUCUUCUCUCAUGUCUCCAUCCUGCUGUUGCUGCACAGUAAGUCACAAAAACUACAAACACAAAAGAGCCUACUGCUUAUCCGGGCACUAGUGGUGUCCUAUUUUAUCUGCUGGACACCGUUUAGCAUAACCUUAAUGGUGGACACCAUGUAUAGAAGGAAAGACCUUGAUUAUUCUGAGACGCCAGUUGCCCUCAGUAAAGCUUUGGUUCUGACCACUGCACUGUGCUAUCUCCACACUUUGUUAAAUCCCAUACUUUACACCUGCUUGUGCGUGAAUUUUCGACAACAUGUGCUUCACCGGCUGAGGCUGAGCUCCACCUCGCCCCCUGAUCACCAAAUCUCACUGUGGGAUGACCCUAUUGUUCCUGAGGAGAAAUACAUCCAGCAAAUGGUAGACAAGGGAAAGACCUGUUACUGAGUAUCUAGCAGCUAAUGUAGCUUUUUAAGACUGUUUUCGGUUUUGACCGGUUUUGGGAAAGACCGGUUUUUAGAAAAGCAAUUUUCUUUUAAAAUUUUUCUUUUAAAUUUUCUAUUUAAAUUGUUGCUCCAAGAUGAUAUAUGAUAUGAUAUUAUAUGAUGUAUGAGUGUAAUGUAUGGAGACUCACAUGGCUUAGCUUUAAUUGUUUUCCAUUUUUGUUGGGGAGAAAACAUCUAAACCGCUGCUUAUGCUUAUAAAAUAUGAUUUAUUCUGCUGUGCAGUCAGAAAACAAACUUGUAGCAAGUAUUUAUGAAUCACUGUAUCAUUUUCAGUAACAAAUAACUGUAGGUUAGUGAACAGCCUCUCUUGACUUUAGUCCUGGUAGCAUGGUAUGUGAGAAUUCUCCUCGGGCCGGAAUGUUCCAGGUCUCCCGGGUUUUUCUAGAUCUGGGUUGCGAGACUCAGCAUAACAAGUCUAGGUGAAGGGGAAAUUGAAAUUAUCUUAGGUUAUGUGUCCAGUCAAAGAAGUUCUGAGAGACUAUUUCUUAAAAAACCUAUGAGUAAUUGGGUUGCAAAGGGGUGGAAAUGUCCACUAACUUUCUAUGGAAGUUAAGCUAGGGAAUUUUGAAAAUGUUGAAGUCCGUGCAACUUUUCAGAUACGGAAAACUGUAUAAAUAAUAAAACAUAGAAUGUGACUUAAGUAGUGCAUUUUGAUGCAGAUGCUUAUUUUGGGAUGUUUUUACACAUAAUUACUCUCAAGCACUUGGUUACACAAUGAUAUCACUAUUACUUCCUUCAAGAUUUUUUUUCAACUACAUUUAAGUUCCCUGUUGUAAGUUCACCUGCAAAUUUCCAGUUUAUUCCCAUUAAUUCACUUUUUUCUGUUAUUUCUGAUGGAAAGUUUCCAAAUUUGAAAAUUCCUAAAAUUUUGCAAUUGCAAAGAGUAAUCGUUUCAGCAUGUUGUAAAUGUAUGUAAAUGUUAGAUUUUAUAAAGGGAUGACAUGCCAGCUUUCAAGCACAAUGUGUGACAAGGUGAUAAUUAUUGUCCAUUUUUGUGGCGAUUGCUGUAAAAUCAUGUAAUAGAUUUUCUAGAUUUUUAUUGUUGCAGUAUUUUUAUGGUAGUUUUAAUAUUCCGUUUCUGUAAUUGCACUUUCAGGAAUAUUGAUGGGAAAGUAACCAUGGAAAGUCCUCCUGCUAUGUAAUGUUUUUAUGUUUCAUGUGUAACUCUAAAAAUCAAUUUUUGUGUAUUAUAAUAUUAGUAAUAGAUUUUAUGUGUUAUUUUAUAAAACUGGGUUUGAGUUGGGAGUGUUAAUGUGUUAUUGACUUUAGCCCCAUUUAUUGCAUGAGUAAGUUUUGGGAUGAUCUUAUAGAACAGAAAUAACUACCGUACUUAUGUUAUUAUUAACAUAAUAAUAGGAUUAGUAGUAGUAGGAUUAGUAGGAUUAUACAAUAAUAAUAAUAAUAAUAGUAAUAAUAAUAGUAAUAAUACAAUAAUAAUAGUAGGAUUCACAAUAUUUUCUCUCUGAUGCAAAUUAAGAAUAUGUGACAUUGCUAAAUGUUUUUCUUGUUGACGUUGUCAAAAGUAGAUUUUCUACUACAACUAUCUUUUUGCAUGUAUUACUUGCGCCGUUUAAUAUACCACAAAACAUUAGCAUAAUACAACAAAUGAGGUGACAUUUUAAAAUGUUGUCUUGUAAAAUGUAGCAAAUUCCUACAGAAUCUGGGUGACUUAGCCAGACAUUUUCACCGAGAGUUUUAUGAUUGGUAUUUAUGGGACCAAAGGCCAUAAAGAGUAAAUUCAGACAUUGUAUGGGGUUUAUCUUAUUGUGUUUACGUUCUGUUUUUUUCUGAACUGUGAAGACAAUUUUCAUGAUUGCUAUUCACGUUCUUCACUUCCUAAAAGCAAGUCAAUAAAAGAGUUGGCAUGGAAAAAUUUUCCCCCUGAUGUCCAACUAUUUUGAUUGAUUGAUUGAUUGAUUGAUUGAUUGAUAGAUAGUUUAGAUUUCCUUCAUUUUGCUUAGUUUACAUGAAGUCAUUGUUUUUGGGGUUUUUUUUUUUUUUGGAAAUUCCAGCUGUGACUUUCAAGAAUGUAAGAGAUCAUACCUCAUUAGGGCAACAGUUGAGUCUUGCCUCAUUUUGAGGAAAGUUAGUUUAUACUGUUAACAUUUCAGUAAUUGCUGCUGUUUUAAUGCUUCAAGUUUAUUAUUAUUAUUGUUUUUAUUGUUGUUUUAGGAAAUCUAAGAAAUAAGCCAAGUAAAUAAGACCAAGUUUUUUUGUCACAUACACAAUCAUACCUUAUUAUUCAGGGUUUCCAUGGGUCCUUAAAAAGUCUUACAUUUGACUAGUCUUAAAAACUGCUUGGAUUAUGAAGUCAAAAUUAUUGUUGUAAAGCUAAAUAAACUUACAUGUGGCUUUUAAGUGUGUGUUUGGGAAAUAUAUGUAUUGAUCAGGCUGCAGCAAAACUACAGAACAAAACCAACAGUGACUGCUAAUUGCAAACUGUGUAGCCUGAACUUUGUGGAGCUCACCCAGCGUGUCGCAAUGUGGUUUCUGGGUCAAAGUCACAUCUUCUCCCAUCAAAAAAAGAAAUGGCUGAAUGUUCAUGUUGAAUAUGAAUAAAUUAAUUUACUUUGCAAGAAA